CCUACCCUGUCCUUGUGAGUUGUGACCCUGUGCCAAGUUCACCAUCAUCUCCCUCCUCCAGCCCCCACUCAUCACUCUCUCUAUUUCCAUCACCAAAAAUAAAAAUAAAAAAAAACCCACAAAUCAAAAAUCUAUACAUACAACAUAUAUACAUAUAUAUAUACGCAAAAAAAAAUAUAUAUAUACAAAUCAGUCUUUAAUUAAAUCCCCACUAAAAUGAAACAACACCAUCAUCAAGAAGCUGUAUCAUCAUCAUCGUCAUCACAAUCAGAAUCAUCAUCGUCCCAUCAGCCGCCGCCGCCGCCACCGGCAACAUCUCCGGCAUCCGUACAGCUAAUGAAUGCAACAUCUCCGGCGACUGAAGACAACCCAGUUUCAUCAUCGGCAUCAUCAUCAUCUGGGGGGUCUUCAUCGGAGUCGGUUUCGAUCGAAAGGCGAGGCGAAUACGCGGCUUUAUGUAAAUGGACAAUCAGUAAUUUCCCAAAGGUAAAAACCCGAGCUUUAUGGAGUAAGUAUUUUGAAGUAGGUGGUUAUGAUUGUAGAUUGUUAGUUUACCCGAAAGGCGAUUCGCAGGCAUUGCCCGGUUAUAUUUCGAUAUAUUUACAAAUAAUGGACCCUAGAGGGACUUCUUCGUCGAAAUGGGAUUGUUUCGCUAGUUAUCGUUUAACUGUUGUAAACCCUGUUGAUGAUAGUAAGUCUAUUCAUCGAGAUUCUUGGCAUAGGUUCUCGGCGAAAAAGAAGUCACAUGGGUGGUGUGAUUUUACGCCUUCUGGUUGUAUACUUGAUUUCAAGUCGGGUUUUAUGUUUAAUGAUGAUCAUUGUGUUGUUAUAACUGCGGAUAUUUUGAUUUUGAAUGAGUCGGUUAGUUUUGUGAGAGAUAGUAAUGAGGUGCAGGCAGGGUCUGUGUCGAGUUCUGUUGUGAUGAAUGGACCUGUCGGGGGUGAUGUUUUGAGUGGGAAGUUUACGUGGAAAGUUCAUAAUUUUACAUUGUUUAAAGAUAUGAUUAAGACCCAGAAGAUAAUGAGCCCGGUUUUUCCUGCGGGUGAGUGUAAUUUGAGGAUUAGUAUCUACCAGAGUUGUGUUAAUGGGGUUGAUCAUUUGUCUAUGUGUUUGGAGAGUAAAGAUACUGAGAAAGCGUCGGCUACUGAUAGGAGCUGUUGGUGUUUGUUUCGAAUGUCUGUUUUGAAUCAAAAGCCAGGGAUGAAUCAUAUGCAUAGGGAUUCAUAUGGACGGUUUGCUGCUGAUAAUAAGGGUGGUGAUAAUACUAGUUUAGGGUGGAACGAUUAUAUGAAAAUGAUGGAUUUUUGUGGGGCUGAGUCGGGUUUUUUGGUGGAUGAUACCGCUGUGUUUAGUACGUCGUUUCAUGUGAUCAAGGAGCACAGUAAUUUCCUCAAGAAUGGAGGAUUGAUUGGAAGUAGAAUGGGGAGUGGUGCUCGAAAGUCAGAUGGUCAUAUGGGGAAAUUCACGUGGAGGAUUGAAAAUUUCACAAGGUUGAAGGAUCUUCUUAAAAAGAGAAAGAUUACUGGGCUUUGUAUCAAGAGCAGGAGGUUUCAAAUUGGAAAUCGUGAUUGUCGCCUUAUAGUUUACCCUCGAGGGCAGUCUCAGCCACCAUGUCAUCUGUCAGUUUUCCUAGAAGUAACAGAUUCACGGAAUACUACUAGUGACUGGAGUUGUUUUGUGAGCCAUCGUUUGUCGGUUGUCAACCAAAAGAUGGAGGACAAAUCCGUUACAAAGGAAUCACAGAAUCGCUACUCGAAAUCCGCAAAGGACUGGGGCUGGCGUGAAUUUGUGACCCUAACCAGUCUAUUUGAUCAAGACUCUGGGUUUCUGGUUCAUGAUGUUGUUGUCUUCUCUGCAGAUGUUUUAAUUUUAAAGGAGACAUCCUUAAUGCACGAAUUUACUGAUCAAGAAAGUGAAUCUAGUAAUACUGCUGCCCUUACAGAUAAAGGAGGCAAAUUGAGUUCUUUUACAUGGAAGGUAGAGAAUUUUUUGUCUUUUAAAGACAUAAUGGAAACCCGUAAAAUAUUUAGCAGAUUCUUUCAAGCUGGUGGCUGCGAGCUUCGGCUUGGUGUUUACGAGUCUUUUGACACAAUAUGCAUAUACCUGGAGAGUGAUCAGUCAGUUGGCACUGACCCUGAUAAGAACUUUUGGGUCAAGUACAGGAUGGCUAUACAGAAUCAAAAGAAUACUUCCAAGACUGUGUGGAAGGAGUCAUCUAUUUGUACCAAGACUUGGAACAAUUCUGUGCUUCAGUUCAUGAAGGUUUCAGAUAUGCUCGAAGCAGAUGCAGGUUUUCUUGUAAGAGACACAGUUGUCUUUGUUUGUGAAAUCUUGGAUUGCUGCCCAUGGUUUGAGUUUGCAGAUCUAGAGGUUUAUGCUUCUGAGGAUGAUCAGGAUGCUUUGACGACUGAUCCUGAUGAACUGAUUGAUUCAGAGGAUAGUGAAGGAAUCAGUGGAGACGAAGAAGACAUAUUCCGAAACCUUCUUUCUAGAGCAGGCUUUCAUCUCACAUACGGGGAUAAUCCUUCACAGCCCCAAGUCACCUUAAGAGAAAAGCUUCUCAUGGAUGCUGGUGCAAUAGCGGGAUUUUUAACCGGACUUCGAGUAUAUCUUGACGACCCUGCCAAAGUAAAGCGUUUGCUUCUACCAACCAAGUUUUCUGGUCCCAGUGAUGGGAAGAAAAAUGUUAAAUCUGAUGAAUCAUCUCCAAGUCUAAUGAACCUCCUGAUGGGAGUCAAAGUGUUGCAGCAGGCAAUAAUAGAUUUGCUUCUGGAUAUUAUGGUGGAGUGCUGUCAACCAUCAGAAGGAAGCUUGAAUGAUGAUUGUUCAGAUGGGAGUUCUAGACCUUCUCAAGAUGGUAGUGGAGCUAGUAGCCCCCCAGAAUCUUCACAGCUUUAUGUAAAUGGCAGGCUGGAUUCUGCAAAAGAUGAGAUCUCUACUGCUUCUGCUGUACAAAGCUCAGACAUGAAUGGAAAUCAUUCAUCUGAGAAAACAUUUACUGGACAUGGGCAGCCUUUCUGUCCACCUGAAACAUGUGCCGCUAGUUCGUCUGAGAGUUCCUCCAUUCGGUCUAAGACUAAAUGGCCAGAGCAGUCUGAGGAACUUUUAGGAUUGAUUGUGAACUCUUUGAGAGAGUUAGACGGAGCAGUUCCACAAGGAUGUCCCGAGCCAAGACGAAGACCUCAGUCUGCACAAAAGAUUGCUCUUGUAUUGGACAAGGCUCCUAAGCAUCUGCAACCUGACCUAAUUGCUCUUGUGCCCAAGUUGGUUGAGCAUUCAGAGCAUCCACUUGCUGCUUGUGCGCUUUUGGAUAGACUCAAAAGGUCAGAUGCAGAACCUGAUUUACUACUUCCGGCUCUUGGUGCCCUUAGCCAGUUGAAAUGCAAUGGUGAAGUUUGGGAGAGUAUUCUACAUCAAUCUUUUGAACUUCUAGAAGACUCUAAUGAUGCUCCUCUUGCAGCAACAGUUGAUUUCGUCUUCAAGGCUGCAUUGCAUUGCCAGCAUCUUCCAGAAGCAGUCAGGUCUGUGCGUACAAGGUUAAAAUUUUUGGGUGACGAAGUGUCUGCUUGCGUUCUUGAUUAUCUGAGUCGAACAGUAGCAAGUUGUACUGAUGUUGCUGAGGCUAUACUAAAAGACAUCGACAAUGAUGAUGAUUAUCGUGAAAUAGGCCCGUUAAUGCCUUGUGGAAUAUUCUUAUUUGGUGAAAAUGGAGCAACUUCUGAUAGAUUGCAUAUGGACCCACAAAAUUUUUGUGCGUCAACAGCUAAUUUUUCUGAUGUUUACAUUUUAUUAGAAAUGUUGUCCAUCCCAUGCCUUGCUGCCGAAGCUUCCCAAACAUUUGAGAAAGCCGUGGCACAUGGUGGAAUCAUACCCCAGUCAGUGGCAAUGGUCUUGGAGAGACGUCUGGCUCGACGGUUCAAUCUAACUUCACAGUUUGCUGCUGGGAAUUUUCAGCAUGAGGAAGUGGGUGUGGAAGGAGAAACCAUUGAACAACUGAGAAUCCAUAGGGAUGAUUUUACUUCUGUUCUUGGUUUAGCUGAAACAUUAGGGCUUUCUAGAGAUUCUUGUGUGAGAGAGUUUGUGAAAAUGCUUUAUACGAUAUUGUUUAAGUGGUAUGCUGAUGGGCCUUACAGGUUGCGGAUACUGAAGAGGCUUGUUGACAGAGCCACUAGUACUACAGAUACUAGUCGAGAAGUAGAUUUAGAUUUGGAAAUUUUGGUAUUCCUUGUUUCUGAGGAACAAGAAUUUGUUAGACCAGUUUUGAGCAUGAUGCAAGAAGUUGCUGAUCUGGCAAAUGUUGAUCGUGCAGCUCUUUGGCAUCAGUUAUGUGUUAGCGAAGAUGAAAUUAUUCGCAUUCGUGAAGAAAGCAAAGCUGAAGUUUCAAGUAUGGCUGAAGAAAAGGCUGUUCUGGUGCAAAGACUGAGUGAUGCUGAGGCUACUAACAGCCGCCUUAAGACGGAGAUGAAGGCUGAAGUGGAUCGAUUUGCAUUGGAAAAAAAGGAAAUGUGUGAGCAAAUGCACGAAAUUGAAAGUCAACUUGAAUGGCUUCGGUCAGAACGAGAUGAUGAAAUUUCUAAGCUUACUUCUGAAAAGAAAGUAUUCCAAGAGAGGCUUCAUGAUGCAGAGACACAACUUUCUCAAUUGAAAUUUCGGAAACGUGAUGAAUUGAAGAGAAUAACAAAGGAGAAAAAUGCUCUUGCUGAAAGACUACGGAAUGCUGAAGCUGCAAGGAAAAGAUUUGAUGAUGAGCUCAAGCGUUAUGCAACAGAGAAUGUAAGUCGAGAAGAAAUCAGGCAGUCACUCGAAGACGAAGUCCGACGAUUGACCCAAACAGUUGGUCAAACCGAAGGAGAAAAGCGUGAAAAGGAGGAACAGAUUGCUCGAUGUGAGGCAUAUAUUGAUGGCAUGGAAUCCAAGUUGCAAACUUGCGAGCAAUACAUCCAUAGUCUGGAGGGAUCCCUUCAAGAAGAAAUGUCGAGACACGCUCCUUUAUAUGGUGCAGGCCUUGAAGCUCUUUCGAUGAAAGAGCUUGAAACGAUUUCUCGGAUUCAUGAAGAGGGAUUAAGACAAAUACACGCCCUUCAACAACUCAAAGCAGCCAGUUCAGCUGGCAGUCCUCACUUGAGUCCUCACUCUCUUACACAUGGUCAUGGCAUAUACCCGGGUGCACCACCACCAAUGCCUGUUGGUCUCCCACCUCCCCUUGUUCAAAACGGUUUGGGGGCUCAUGGCAAUGGCCAUGUAAAUGGUGCAAUUGGACCUUGGUUCAACCAUUCUUGAACCAGACACACUCAUACACGGGACGUAGCCCCGUCUUGAAGUUUUUGAGUCAUGUUGUUUUGGCAUUUUGGUUGGUAGAACUAUUGGAAACAUAGAAAUCAUAUAGAUCUAUAAGAGAUGUAUGAUAUAUUUCGUAUAUGGAAAGGUGCUAAAAAUGAGUCCAAUAGAACUAACAGUUGAAAUUGUCACAUUUUGGAGUUUCUCAUUUCAUAUUAAUCAACGGGCAUCUAGAGAAGUUUUGGUUUCCUUGCA